AUGGGGCACAAAAAGUUGCGGCACCAAGCUGCAGGACAUGAUGGCACGCUGACCGACAUCGACGAAAGACUAAUCUUUAAACCGGCGGUCGAUCAGGAGUUGGAGUUUUAUACGGGCAUAAUAUCUAGGAAAGAUAGGGAGGGUGUUGACUUUCCCUUGGAGUGUUGGAUGUGUGUGUUCGUUGGGACUUUGAGCGAAGGCAUACUUAAUGUGGAGAACAAUGACAGCAUAAUGAGGUUGAAGGGGGAAGAUGUGGUGAAACCUACGACAGACUACUUGCAGCACUUGAAUCUGUCCAAUGACCACACACAGAAGUACCUGGUCUUGGAGAACCUUACAUAUGGUUAUAGGCGUCCCAACAUACUCGAUAUUAAACUUGGCAAGGUUCUAUACGAUGAUAAAGCUACUGAGGAAAAAAAAGCCAGGCUAACAACCAUCAGUGCCUCGACAACUUCGGGCUCAUUGGGUUUUAGGGUAUGCGGGAUGAAAAUAGAGAGAAACAGUCUCAUCGGCCAGCUGGACAAGUCUCAUUAUGAGGAGGACGACGAUGAUUAUGUGCUUCUUAAUAAACUGUACGGCCGUUCUCGGACGGUUGAUAAUGUUUCAGAUGCGUUUCGACUAUUCUUCAAUGCCCCUAAUCUUCCGAAGCAUAGACAUGCAGAGCUAAUUAAUAGGUUUGCAGUUCGACUGCGAAUGUUUUAUAAUACACUUCUAGAUGAGGAAGUACGGAUGAUCUCGAGUAGUUUACUAUUUGUUUAUGAAGGUGAUCCAGAACGCUGGGAUAUGGAGAAUGCGGUUGACGGCGUGCUAAAUGAGCCAUGCUUUCUCGACGGUGAUAGUGAUUGCAGUUCUGAAGAAUGGGAUAAAUCACGUAACAUUCCCCUAAGUUCUAUGACGUUGAUAGACUUCGCUCAUUCGAAGUUUACACCGGGAGAAGGCUACGACGAAAAUGUCAUUGUAGGAGUGGAGAACCUCAUGGAAGUGUUUGACAAGGUAUCCGGCGAAUAUGGUGAGCAAUGA